AUGGAAUGCAAGAACCAGGCGAUGUGGCUAAAUAGACACGAGAACAAUUUGGACUCGGAGCACUGGCCAGGGGCUGCCUGGAGGAGCGUUGUGUGCGUGUGCCUCCUCCACGCCGGACUGCGCCUUGAAGUGUGCCGCGAGGAGUCGCCAGCGGGUUCGAUGUGCGUUGUCGUGGGGGGGUCGGAUUCCGUCUGGCUAACACCGCUCUCCUCCCUCCCCUGGCACCAGCUGAAACGCCUCGCGCCUCCCCGCCUCCUACUGGCCUUCUGGGGUCUCUUCAGUGGUCUGCUGGCGCACCAGUGGUUGUUGAAGCCCGCCAAGGGUCGCCGCUCUGUCGGAGGUCUGGUUGAAUUCCUCCUGAAGAAUACCACCUUGGCUGUGGGCGGAGGUCUGGUCGUACUCUGGACUCUGGAUGGUCUGAUUGCUGCUUCUCUCGGCAGCACCGCUAUCUCGUCCAUCCUGCAACCACGCCUUCUUGCUACACUCCGCGUCAACUUGGCGCGUCUACUCAUGCUGUCAUGUUUCUGUCUUCUGGGCGUACUCGUUCACCGACCCCUUCUCAUCGCACCAACGCCGGUCCCUCGUGACGCCGCUCCCCCGCGCGUCUGCAACCAUGCCAUCGGCGACGCGAUCCGCGUUUUCGAGCCAGACGACGUCUACGCCGUGUGGCUCUUUGCGGUGCUUGUGGCGGUUCCGGCGUUGACGCUGCUUGCUCUCCUGGGAGACGUCUACGUGCUGCCCUGUCUGGGACUGUUGGCGUGUUUACUGCUGGCACCGGUUCACGAACUUGCACUGCCACGCGGACGUCGGACAGAAAACGACGCUUGUUCUCAAGUCGCCUCACAGCUCGAGGGUGUUGGGAGUUGGCCCUCGGCCAUCUACGCGUGCCUACUGGGCCAAUUCGGUUUCUUCUGCUUCGGUCAUCAGACCACGUUUCCAGCGAUUCCGUGGAGCGCCGCCUUCGCCGUGUUCCAGGGCGACCACGGCACCACUCUGCUGCCAGCCGGCCUCGUCCUCGCGCACACCUUCACCGCGCAGAUCCUCCUCACGGCCGCCUUGCCCCUCCUUCUCAUCGUCUGCGUCCUCCGGCGAACCAGCCCGACCACCAAGUCGACGGAGCCGGUGCUAUUUCGAUCGCAGCAGGGUCCAAUGGUGCUGCGGACUACCCUCGAUCGACUGCUUCGACGAUACUGCAUCGCUCAUUUCCUCCUGGGACGAAACCGUGUUCCAGAGCGACCACGGCACCAACCAGCCCAUCCAGUCGCUAUUUCGACGGAGCUGGUGGUCUUGACAUUGCAAAAGGGUCCAAUGAUGCUAUGGACAGCUUUCGAUCGACUGAUUCGGCGAUACUGCAUCGCUCAUUUCCUCCUGGCGAGGAGCGUUAUAGUUGCCAUCUUGAAGGCCCUGAUAAAGGCCCUGGCACGUGGUCUCGAACCACAACGGAAGUGGUGGUGGUGGUGGUGA